ACGAUAUGCUCAUUCUUAUUUAGACAUACUAUACUCACUGGUAAUACGAUAACAUGUUGAGAUCUGAUCAAAAAUAUUUAUUUCAGUAAAUAAAUUUGCUACUCCAGUGUAAACGUCUAUUUUAUGGACUGCUUAUGAUAAGUUCAUUGAUCUUAUGAAGAGCGUGAAAGCUGUUGAGCAUGAUUUCUUCCAUGUCUCUCAGUCAUUUCCUCUCCUUAUUAAAGGCUUCCGGCAGGUUCGCCGCUGACAGUACAGGCCUUGUUUGUCACCCGUGUCUUUUACACUGUACUCUUGGUUAAUUCCUAUUGUCCAGUCAGGCCUCAUUAAUCUGGAUAACUGAUAUGAAUAGGGGCUGACCCUUCCUUUCCUCCCUCCCACUGUGGUAGUUCUUUCUCCCCCGGAAAGGAAGUGACCUGCUUGUCUGAACAGGAAUCAGGCCAUGGCCUCACAGCAGGACAACACCAAUUUUGUUUGUAUCCUAUGCACAUGUUCACACACACACACAGAGUUCAUUCAUAUACGAGAGUGUGUGCACUCAGGUCUCACAUGUUUUGGUGUUUCGAGAGACUUCUUGAUCAAUGACUCUUUGAACAUCUACAGAAAGCAUUAGUGUUAGACGCCUUAGCACCACAAGUAUUCCAAAAAAUCUACUCUACUAAUAUGGAAAUCUUCUGGAGAGCAGUAGAUGAAAACAAAGUCCAAAAAGCAAAGAGGUCAGGGCAGGACACAGCAGUUAAGUGUGGGUUGGAAGGAAAUGUGGGAUGGAAAGGGUGGAGGAGUUUUGCUGUAUCGGAUCCAGUAUAUUUGUGGAUUCAAGUUGUGGGUAUAAGAAUGGCUGAAAGAUACAUGUAUCAAAAUGCACAAUCUGUCCAACACAUUUAAAUCUGCUGGACCCACAUCACUCUUAACACUUUAAUAUGUUCCCCACCCCUUCUCAGUCCUGCUCUCUACACCUCCCCUUCCUAUGCAAAUCUGCUUGCCGCCCACUAUAAAUAUACCUAUUCUGCAAUCUUCCUCCACUUCCACAUAGAGAUCAUCCUUUACUCAAGAAACACACUUCAGGAUUUUCAGCUUAAAUCCCAGAGUGACUGCAGUACUGCGUCCUUAUUUUUUAUUUUUUAAUUCAGAAUGCCUUCCUGUUCAGCCUCACUAGUACUUUUCCUUCUGCUUGCUGGGCCUAACAGCCCAUUAGCACUGAGUACUGGCAGAGUUAGGGCAGGGCGGGAUGGACAUUUGAGGGCAGAGGGUAGGAUUCGACCUGGGAUGAAGGAAAAGGGCAGGGACAAGGCAAGUCUUGCAGAAAACAGGGAAACAGGAGUUGGAGAUACUCAUGUCUCCAAACUAGGAGCAGCAGAAGGUGAUGGUGAGGUGUGGGAGGACUCUGGAACUACUGCUAACCUCAGGUCCACACUUUCUCUCAGUGAAGGUGGACUAUGGGAAACCCGCAGCUCCUCUCGCUGUGUCCCAAUCCCGUCGGGCAUGGCCUUGUGCCAAAACAUUGGCUACGAUACCAUGAGGAUGCCCAACCUGCUGGGCCACGAGUCUCCAGCUGAGGCUGUACAACAGAGUGCCAGCUGGUUGCCACUACUGGCCAGAGAGUGCCACCCUGAUGCCCGCAUCUUCCUCUGCUCUCUCUUUGCUCCCCUCUGCCUUGACAGGUUUAUUUCACCCUGCAAGAGUUUGUGUGAGUCUGUGCGGGACAGCUGCGCCCCAAUCAUGAGUUGCUAUGGCUACCCCUGGCCAGAAAUUCUGCGGUGUGACCAGUAUCCUGCAGACCAUCUCAUGUGUAUCUCCUCCGUCACCAACACCACUGUGGGGGGGCGUAGAGUGCCCCAGGCAAGCUGUCGGGAUUGUGAGCUGGAGGAAACCUCCUCUUUAAAGGACACAUUGGAAACAUUUUGCAGGAGUGAUUUUGUUGUGAAGCUGCGCCUGACAAGACUCAAAUAUAGCCCAGUGAGUCUAUCUCAGUUCUCACUAGCUGCUAAUUUGGAGGUCCUGAAGCACGGACCCCUGUUAGGUGGGCAGAUCCGCUCCCGCAUUGAGCUGUGGCUCGAGAGGGAUGCCACCUGUGUGAGGAACAUGACACGCCAACACCCGCGUGGCGGUACCUUCCUGGUGACAGGCACGGUACAGGGGGAGCGACUGGUGGUCAACAAGGCUUAUGCCUGGCAACGGCGAGACAAGGAUCUGAUGGCAGCUGCACGCAAAUGGAAACGUCACCGAUGCAGGAACUAGGAUUGUGCAUUGUCGAGUGAAAAAAUAUAGAUAGAAAGCAUAGUGAAACAGGGUUUAAAUAGCUAUGGUUAGUGGAUAGCAUUUACAACAGGCCUACAAACGUAAACAAUGCUUAGUCUAGUUUCAUCAAGUCACAGAAGAAAUAACAUGCGAUACGCUAGUCACAAAGGAGCUCAUCAAAUAUCAUCAAUGUGUCUUUUGAGCAAUGGAGGUCAAAGAAACGAAACAUGUUUAAUAAGAAAUGUACAUAUUUGUUAAUUUUUUUUUUAACUUAAUACUGCUGCUGGCCUACAUUUUGUAUUGCUUAAAUUGAGAAUAUUGUGUCCUAAAGUAAAAUGCAAUUUACAGCAGCUCAUACCCAAGAACCACAGUGU